CGCAGUUUGCCUCGGCUCCCUGUCGGCCGUCUGCUCCAGCCCGGCCUGCUCCGCUGCGCCCCCAAGCACUCUGAUCGGACGGGGGAGUCCAUGUUGGGGAACUUGGCGGCGGAGUGACGGAACCCGAGCUUCCUGCGGUGGGGCCGCGGCCGCCGGAGCGAGCGCCUCGACCUCGGCCUGAGGAAACACUUUCUCAAGGAGAAAUGAAGAAGAAAACUGUAUAUACCCUACACAUGGGAGAUCAAGAGCAUGAAGAUAUGGAAGGCGAAGCAAGCAGAAAUAAUACUGCCAUUGCUGGUCUGUUGUACAGUGAAGCAGACAGAUGUCCAAUAUGUCUUAAUUACCUAUUAGAGAAGGAAGUUGGUUUUCCAGAAAGUUGUAAUCAUGUCUUCUGUAUGACCUGUAUUCUUAAAUGGGCAGAGACACUGGCUUCAUGUCCCAUUGACCGAAAGCCUUUUCAGGCAGUGUUUAAAUUCAGUGCUUUGGAAGGUUGUAUUAAGGUUCAAGUAAAAAGACAACUGAGAGAAACAAAAGACAAUAAAAAUGAAAGCUGUUUUAAGAAACAGCUGUCCUGUCAUGCAAGACCUGAAGGCUGUAUAAGAAAAAAGGCUGUCAUAAGAGAAGAUCUGUUAAGUGCAAGAUUUUAUGACUUGACAUUGCUAUAUAGAAACUCUUCAUACAAUAAAAUGGGAGGAAAGAAAAAUGCAGCAAUAAAGAUAGAUAAGACUCGAAGAUCAAAUCAGUGCACAAGUUAUUGCUUCAGAAAUUUUUUCUCCAAUUUAUUUUCUUCUGGUAGUUACAAUGGAGAAUCUUCCUUUACCUGUAGAGCUUACUGUACAGAAUUUAUAGAAGUCAAUGAAAUCAGUGCAUUGAUUAGGCAGAAGAGACAGGAACUGGAAUUGUCAUGGUUUCCUGAUUCAUUACCUGGAAUUGGAAGAAUUGGUUUUAUACCUUGGAAUGUCGAAGCAGAAGUUCUUCCUCUCAUUUCUUCUGUGUUGCCAAGAACUGUUUUUCCAACAAGUAUCUUAUCUUUAGAAAAUUUUGAUUCUUCUUGCAAGGGAUAUGCAUUAGCACAUACUCAAGAAGGAGAAGAAAAGCAGCAAACUUCUGGUGCUUCAAAUACCAGAGGAUCAAGACGAAAACCUGCAGCAACUCCUACAAGGAGAUCUACACGUAACACAAAAACUGAGACAGUCAACCAGUCUCAGAGAUCCCCAACAUCAAAUAAUUCUGGGUGUGAUGCCCCAGGUAACAGUAAUCCUUCUGUAAGUGUUUUAUCUCCAGCUGAGUCAGAAAAGCAAACAAGACAGGCUCCAAAACGGAAGUGUGUAAGAAGAGGAAGAAAACCACCUGUAUUGAAAAAGAAACUUCGGCGAUCUGUACCUCCCCCUGAAAAAUCAUCAUCUAAUGACUCAAUAGAGGAAGAAAUAGUGGAAUCUGAUGCAGCAGCUGUAUUAGAAAAAGAGCAACAAUCAGAUGUAGAAGAAAGUAACAUUUGUUCUGUUCAGACAGAUACAGAAAACCAGUCUGCUGAUUGCUUGAAAAGUUGCAAUGAACAAAUGGAAGAAAAUGAGGAAUGCAAGGAGAAUCGUGAUAUAGAGCAAAAAGUAGGAUCUUCAUAUUCUGAGUCUUGUACAGACAAUCCUCCUAUGUUAGUUGGAGAGGAAAAUAAAAAACCUGAGAAUAUAACAAUGGAGGCUAACGUUUUGAAUUCAGAAUGUGAAAUUUCUAAAGAUACUUUUGAAAAAGGAAGUGAUCCAUUAAAAAAUCAAGACCAGAUGUCAGAAUCAGAGGGAAAGACAGUUAUAUAUUCAAAUCCUCCAAGUGAUUUUCUUUCAUGUUCAGGAUCUGAAAUUGAAGUACCUCAUCAUGUUUCAAGUCUCCUAAGUGAGAUACCUGAGAAUAUAGAAUCAGAGGUUAAUGAACAAAAAGUAAUAGAGAGUCGUACAGUGGGAAUUAUUGACCAUCAAGAUUCUACAGUGAAAAUAGAAGAGUCUAUAGAGAUCCCUAAGUUAGAAUCUUCUGAAAGUGAAAUUAUACUAACAGUGGACAGAAAGACUGUUGAGACCUCAGAGAUUCAGUUGCUUGGACAUAGUGAAACUUGGGAUACAGAAAAAGCAACUUGUGAAACUGCUGAAAAUGGAAAUUUUAAUAGUACUCAAGACUCUGAAGAUAAUUUAGUAAAAAAUCUUAACACCAAAUUGGACAAACCUUUAGAAGAAAAGAGUGAUCCCAAAUCUCUGGAGUUGCUUAACACACACAUUGAACAGAUUGAGAAGCAUUUUAGUGAGGACAAUAAUGAAAUGGUACCUAUGGAGUGUGAUUCACUUUGUAGUGACCAAAAUGAAUCCGAAAUUGAAUCAUCUGUAAGUACUGAUUCUAAGCAGUUGAUUGAAAAUACUGUAGUACAUAGUUCUGAAAAUAGUAUGCCAUUUUCCAAUCCUGUAAAUGAAAAAAUUGAAACUCUAUCUCAGACAUCUGAAAACGCAUCAGAUACAGUAGAUAAGUCCAAAAAACCUCGUACUCGAAGAUCUAGAUUUCAUUCUCCGUCUACAACUUGGUCUCCCAACAAAGACACUGCACAAGAAAAGAAGCGUUCCCAGUCUCCCUCUCCCAAAAGAGAAACCGGAAAAGAAAGCCGAAAGUCUCGAUCACCAUCUCCUAAGAAAGAAUCUGCUAGAGGACGGAGAAAAUCUCGUUCUCAGUCCCCCAAAAAAGAUACAAGAGAAAGGAGGUAUUCUCAUUCUCGAUCUCCAAAAAGAGACAGUACUAAGGAAGGCAAAAGAUCUGAAUCACCAUCCCCAAAAAGAGAUACAUGUAGAGAGAACCGAAGAUCUCAGUCAAAGCUGAAAGAUACUUCCUCAAGAGAAAAAUCUAGGUCUCAGAGCAGAGAAAGAGAAAAUGAGAGAGAUGGGCAGAGGAGAGAUCGAGAUAGAGACAGGAGAACGCGAAGGUGGUCCCGAUCCAGAUCCCGGUCCAGGUCACCAUCUAGAUCUAGAACAAAAAGUAAGAGUUCAUCAUUCGGUAGAAAUGAAAGAGAUAGUUAUUCUCCUCGGUGGAAGGGAAGGUGGCCAAAUGAUACUUGGAGAUGUCCACGAGGAAAUGAUCGGUACAGAAGGAAUGACACUGAGAAACAGAAUGAAAAUAUAAGAAAAGAAAAAAAUAACAUCAAUCUAGAUGCUGAUGAUCCAAAUUCUGCUGACAAACAUAGAAAUGACUGUCCCACUUGGGUAACAGAAAAAAUAAAUUCUGGUCCUGACCCAAGGACCAGAAAUCCAGAGAAGUUAAAAGAUUCCCAUUGGGAAGAAAACAGAAAUGAGAAUUCAGGGACUUCUUGGAAUAAAAACUUUGGUUCAGGUUGGAUGUCUAACCGUGGUAGAGUUAACCGUGGCAGAGGCGCUUACCGAGGCAGUCUUGCCUAUACAGAUCAGAAUGAAAACAGGUGGCAAAACCGAAAACCCCUCUCAGGGAAUUCAAACAGUUCAGGGAAUGAUUCAUUCAAGUUUGUGGAACAGCAGGCCUAUAAACAGAAGAGUGAGCAGGAGUUCUCAUUUGAUACACCAGCAGAUAGGUCAGGGUGGACAUCUGCAUCUAGUUGGGCUGUGAGAAAGACUUUGCCAGCAGAUGUACAAAAUUACUACUCACGGCGAGGGAGGAAUCCUUCAGGUCAGCAGUCUGGAUGGAUGCGACAAGAAGAAACAGCUGAACAGGAUUCUAACCUUAAAGACCAAACAAACCAACAAAUUGAUGGUUCUCAGCUACCUGUAAAUAUGAUGCAGCCACAGGUGAACGUAAUUCCACAACAAAUGAACACUCAGCAUCAGCCUAUGAAUAUCUUCCCAUAUCCAGUGGGUGUUCAUGCCCCUCUGAUGAAUAUCCAGCGCCAUCCCUAUAACAUUCAUCCACAGCUGCCCUUGCAUCUCCAUGCAGGAGUGCCCCUCGUGCAGGUAGCCACUCCUCCCACUGUAACUCAGGGACUGCCCCCGCCCCCACCCCCACCUCCACCCUCCCAGCAAGUCAACUACAUGGCUUCACAACCAGAUGGAAAGCCACUGCAGGGUAUUCCUAAUGCUUCUCAUGUAAGUAAUAACAUGAGUACACCGGUCUUGCCUGCUCCGACAGCAGCCCCAGGAAAUACGGGAACAGUUCAGGGACCAAGUUCUGGUAACACUUCGUCAUCAAGUCACAGCAAAGCCUCUAAUGCUGCUGUAAAAUUGGCAGAAAGCAAAGUAAGUGUUACAGUGGAAGCCAGCGCAGAUAGCUCGAAGACAGACAAGAAAUUGCAAAUUCAAGAAAAAGCAGCCCAGGAGGUAAAACUGGCGAUUAAGCCAUUUUAUCAAAACAAAGAUAUCACCAAGGAAGAAUAUAAAGAGAUUGUACGGAAAGCAGUAGAUAAAGUUUGUCAUAGUAAGAGUGGAGAAGUUAACCCUACAAAAGUGGCCAAUCUGGUGAAGGCCUAUGUGGACAAAUACAGACACGCCCGGAAGGGGAGCCAGAAGAAGGCAGUAGAGGAGCCUGCGGGGGCAGAGCACAGCACCGGCUGAGGUGCAGAGCACUGCGGAGGCCACGACCCAGACCCUGCCAAGUGCAAUUUCAGCGUGUUCCAUUAGAAGAAAAUCAGACGGGACCGGGACUGAAAUUGGUUUUGAUAAUUAUUUUUUUUAUGUAGGAUAUGAUGUUUUGUUCUAAAGAAAUCUAGCUCUGCACUGCAACUUCCUUAUCCACAGCCUCACCUCAAAUAAAUAAAUUCAAGGGAAAGUAGAAGUUUUAAAGGAAUGUGCAUUUUUUACCAGGACCGAGUACUUGUGUGGAUGCUGGAAGAUGUACAGCUUUUGGAUUUGACUGUUUGACUGUAACAAUGGAGUGCAUAAAUUAGAAACUUCUAAGUGCACUGGUUUUGCAAGAGAUAUAUGUAAAAUACAUUUAUUCUGUCAGACUAAAAAAUAAAGUAUGAACUUUAUGACCUUCUCUCUCAUAACUAUAGAAAAUUAAAUAAUGUAUUACCAUGAAAAAUAUUUCUAAUAAAUAGAACAUACCCAGUUGCAGGGUUCCUAAUGUGUAUUUUUAAAGCACAUAUCUGCUUAGAUAGAAAACAAUAACAUGAGUAAAAUUUAGUGUUCAGAACUUUGAGAGCUCUUCACCUAUGUAUCACCAAAUAAAGGUUAUGCUGCUGUUUUUCUUUUGUGCCUUUUUUCCCCCAGUUGAGAUGAAGCAGUUUGAUUUGCUAGAUUACAACGUUGGCAGUUUAAAGUUGUUGAAUUUAGAAGGCAAAUUUGGAUAAAUAUUGACUUUGUAGAAAUUAAGUUCUUUCAUCAUAUCUUCUACUCCAGGAGAUAAUAAAUUAUUUGUGCCAGGCGGAGAAAUGUUAGGAACCCUCCCUUCCUUGGUACUAAGGUAGAAAUUGCAAGAGUCACCUCACUGGGUUCACGUCGUUGCUCGUCUAUCUUGUCCCUAGUCAAGUCUUUCUGCGUGCGAAAAAUCCCCAAAUGCUUUACAACAAAUAUAUUGUUAAUUUGGUGACCAUUGGUCAUGGCCAAUUGGUCAUGUAAAAUUCUAGAUAUUUAGACCUGUAUUUGAUAAAGGGAGAGUUAAGUAAUAGAGUUGAUUAGGCUUGGGAGGACUAGGAAUUUGGUUACUUUUAAAAGUACUGUUACCUGUAAUUUUUAUAAAAGGUAAGUUUAAAAUGUUUAUAGCUUUUAAUUAGCAUCUUUGAAGACAAAUUAGUUCUUUCCAUGAUAAACUAUCUUUACUCCAGUAUCAGUUUUCAUUAGAUACCAAAUAACUAGAAUGGUAUUCAGAUAAAAUGUUAAUGGAUCCAACCGAGGUAAAUAAAUAUGUCUUGGUGACACAGAUUCUUUUACUACCUAAACCAGUGAGAGCAAUAAUUGGUAGGACUGUGCUUUUCUAAAGUUAAAGAUACCCCUUUCUCAAUUUUUUUGUGUGUAAUACUUUUCCUGGUGCUAGGUUUGAUAGAUGAAAUAUUUUGAAAUGUUGGACCCCACAGUGAAUGUGCUUUGUUAGUUAAUAGGUUUGUUAGGUUAUAAUUAGGAUCCUAAAAAAUUUCCGAGCAGUUUUUGGUCUUCAUUCUACAUUUCUGGGCAUUUGUAAUAUGGUAUUUUACUGAUAGAUAAAUAUAUAUUUUUUAAUUGACGUUUGUGUUCAGAUUAUGGGGGAAGAAGUUUAAAAGUAUAUUUGUUCUAAUAAAGUAUUAAGACACUUUAAACAUCAUUGCACCCCUCUGCAGUUGCUUCAGUUUAGAAUUCCAUAAAAGGGUGUGAACUUGCACUGUAUUUUAAAUUAAAGCUGGUUCACACUUUGAAAUUUUGUGGCAAAUAGCUGUUCCUGAACUGAGCUGAUUAAUCACACAGUUAUUGCUUUUCCUGUAUUUUCUUUUAGGGACAUUUGAGAAUUGAGUGACUUUUAAAAAUUUAUUACCAUUCAGCUUUUGCAAAGAAAUGUUAAAGUUUUGAAUAAAAGCUAGGUGUUGUGGUGAAAGUUAAAAGCUCCAUAGAUUAUUUUCAUUGUUCUCGAAAACAAUGUGUUCCAUACCUGAUUGGUGUACUAGUUAGACUAUAUUUAAAAUGGUUAAUGAUGAAGAAUGUUACUGGAUUAGAAUUUAAAUUCCUAAACUUCAAGUGUAUAAAAAGGAAUUUAAAAAUGCAUGCUUUCUGAUUUUACAUAAAUUGUUUUAACAUUGCCCAUUCCUGCCCCAAUGCCCAUCCCCAUAAGUUACUUAUUUUGCAUGUGCACAGACUUAAUCAGAAACAGUCUAUGAGGCUACAGUUUUUUCUUUAUCAGGAAUCAGUAUUGACCUUGGACCCUUGGUCACUUUUUACUUACUAGUCACAUUGACUGAUGCAUCAGAUGGUGGGGAUACCUAGAAUUUUGAGACUUAACAGUAGUUACCCGUUAUUUCAGCAUUCCGGAAGUGUGUUUUGUAGCGUCCUGUGUACCACCUGUUAGCCCUGUCUUCCUUUGAUUGGCUGCAGCGUGAGCCGCUUCUGUGUGUCCGCCCAGGGGCCGCUUCUGAAGCGCAGGCCGCCCCAGGGUCGAGCGCUGUGGGGGGAGGCUGCAGCGCCGUCUCCUGAAACAGGCUCCUACAUAUGUAGUGUGUACCUUUUUCUAAUAAAUUCUUCUGAUAAACAAA